GUAAGGAUUGGAGUAAUAAACUCCGGGGCUACAUGAACCUCGCCACAUCCACCGACGCAGUGUGGCCACUGGUCGAGAGGUUCUUCGGGAUGUUCAACAAAGACAAGCUGCCAGUUGGGGAUGGCAAAAUCCCGCUUGAAAUGCCAGGGAGGAUGGAGGGGCGCCAGCCAGGCCCGUACACCGACGAGACCAAGGGACAAAGAACAUUGUACCAUUGCAUAUAUGCAAGAGAUGGUCCCAAAGGCUCUACCGUGUCAUGGAAGGAUCUUUGUCCUUCCUACUUCAAAAAUUUCGGGGAUUUGACAUGUCGGGAGAGGGAAGUUGCGCUGCUCCUGCUAAUGAAGGGCAAGGUGGUCGCAACGAACGUCAAGGUCACACCUCCGAGAGUGAACAUUGAGUGUCUCCUCGACAUCAUGCGCAAGGAGCGCUACAUGGUUCGUAUGUUCACCUAUGUUGUGUUCCGCGUCGAGGGAAGGGGGGAUGAUGAAUGGAACGACGCCUUCUUCAUGUCGUACAAGGACCUCGAAGAUAGGUUUGGACCAAACGGUUUGUGCGCACCUGAAUGGGAGAGGGAAAGGGACAAGCUGCAUGUCAACAAUGUGAAGACGGUCUCUCGACGACUUGGAGGAGUGGAGGAGGCAAGACAAGGUGCGGGCUUGGGGCCUACGGCGACAAUGUAUAAGGAGGCUCCGUUUCACUUUAAGGUGUUCAUAUACACCGCAAUCGAUAAGCUCGAUUUGCUUCGGGCCGAGGUGAAACGGAUCGCCUCCAGUGCACGCCAUAUUGUGUGGGACGUUAUUGGCAGACAAACGACAUUGCUACCUGUGUGCAUGUCAUCGAAGGAAGUGCUCGCGGUGCUAGACGACAUCGUCGCAUCAGCGCAAAAAAUGACAUGCAGGGCCGCCAUCGUGGACAUCUCAUCCUCGAACUUCAACACGGCAUGGACCUCUCAGGAAUUUGAUGUGCUACACACAUUGAUGACCAGAUGUUGUGGCCAGAAUUGGGUUAUUUUCUUCUUUGCACCGCAGAAGGUGCAAAGCGAUGUUCUGCGUCACUUGUUUCGCUGGGAUGACGUCGAGCUCAUACCUGAGACCUGGCAACGGGUGGACAGGCCAUCGAAUGACAUCACACGUUACGGCAAUAUCGCUACGACGAGUGGAGACAUGAUGGUCAUUGUCCUGCACGCCGAGGGAGGGGAUCUCAAAAAAGUCACUGUCAAACCCCGGUUUCUCAAUGACCUCACCAACGUACAUGUUGUAGAGGAGCAGUUCGGGAAGUGUCUAGGGAAACAUGGUGGCAUAGAGGGCGAUGAGAGUGUGGUGUAUUCCAUCUGGGAGCGAGAGUCUGGCAAGUUGCGUUCGUUGUGCGGGUCGUUCGUCGGAGAGGCGGAAGGUGUGCUUUUGUUGGGUAAGGCGCACGCGGGUCUUGUGUGGGAGUUCUUACAGGCAGGUAAUAAUGUUAUUGUCUGCGACGAGUCGGCAAAGGACAUAGCAUACUUGACAAAGUUCAUCGAUAUACUUGUCAAGGAUGACAGAUUUGCCUGCCAUGUUGAGAAGCCGCGUUACAAACAUCUCAGCAACAGUGACAUGUUCCACAAGUUGGGACCAAAGAGACUGAAGGUGUGGGAAUACCUGUUCGGUGAUGCGCCGCAAGGACGGCUUGAUGGUAAUUAUAUAUACAGGAAAGCAAAGGCAACAGAGACCCUCAAACAUUAUCACGGUGCUCUUACUGGCGCCUUUGAGACUUUUGUUGCUCGAUGCGAGAUCCUGAAGUUCGAUCUUCACAAAGACCAACUGACGUCGAAGGACUACGCAGAGCUCGCGAAAUCGGGCGAUGGCUUUAACCCCGUCGACAGUGAGGAAGACUCUUCGGAGUCCGACCUCGAAUUCGGCGAUGACACGGGUGUUGAAGGUCCAGGCGGUGGCAUGCUGCGGUCUCACGAUGAAGGGACAGUUCGUUCGCAUGAAGGGUCCGUCCAGGUGACCGUCCACAAUGGUGCCUCGAUGGUGACGCCCAUGGAGGCUACUGAGUCGUGCAUCCAAGAUGAGGAGUGGAAGAUGGCGGUGAAAUACAGAAGUGGUUGGCAGACGUUUCGUCGAAUGUCAAAGGACACUUGGUUGAAAACAAUGGAGCUCGCGAUUUUGUACCGCGUGCAAAAGGAGAAUCUGGGGCAGAGCGAGGGCGCUGUCAAAGCCAAGGCCAAAAAAUUGUUUGAUGUCUUGCGAGACAAUCACCAGUUGGAGUACAGUUGGAAAUUUUACGCCAUGCGAACGAGUCCGUCAUGUGGGUCGAUCGACUGGAAGGUCAAUCAAACUGUCGGAACCAUGGAGGAGAGCAGCUAUCGGGAUGUCGUGCCUUCGACGGCAUCGCCCCCCGUACCCAGGCAGGCAGGGCAGAGGGAGGAUGACGGGACUACUGUGGUGAAGGCUCAAGAGGUUGAUAUGACGUCUUUGCCGCAAAUCUUUGUCGGCACGAUAGAACCCUCCAAACGCAUGGAUGUGUCAAACGCAUUGCCAUCAGAUGCAGGUGCCACGUACGAGAGUUUAUUGAUGGCAUGCGCCGCAUUGGAAGGCAAAUCUGAGAUGCAGUCAGAGUCGGGUGUUGGCCUGAGCGUGGCGGACAGUCAAUUGCAACCGGAGUUGUGCACAAGCAAAGGUGAUGCAGAGUCAGGUAUUGGCCUGAACGUGGCGGACAAUCGGUUGCAACCGGAGUUAUGCACAGGCAAAGGUGAUGCACAAUCACCGCUGACACCACAGGGAGGGACCGCUGCGGAUGGUGGGAAGGGAGGGAAUGUGGAGGGAAUCCUCCGUUCUCGCAAUUUUGAUACCUUAACCGAUGAUUUUGAUGAUGAGGGUGAGGGUGGAAAAGACAUGGUCAAUACGAGGGGAGUGUGAAAUGAUCAGUGAGGCGGGAGGGGGGUAAUGGAGAAGGAGAAACCAACGAUAUGAUUACAAUG